GGAGCCUUUAGAGGAACGCACAGGCCGCCAUGUAGGACAGCAAACGUUUCUGUUUACGCGGAAGAAAGAUUGUCGUUGACUCUAAAAGCUGUCUGCUUGUCUCGAGUUACUGUUUUACUUUGAAAAUGCGUUACGACCUGGCGAACACAGCGGCGCUGAGAGUGUUUAAGUAGACGGAAGAAACAUGGAGGCGAGGUUCGGCAGCGAAGUGGCGUCUGUCGUGGAAGUCGCUAUCCAGGCGACCGUGUCCGUUUUCAGGGACGUCUGGGCGAAAGAGGCGCCAAACGCGGAGUGGGAAGAGGCGAAGCUCGGCGAAAUCCAGGACAUAGAGAAGUGUCUGGUGGUUCAGAUCCACAAAGUGUUCACGGAGUUCUCCUCGGAGCUGUUCGAGGAGAACGAGGCUCUGCGGGCCAAAGUGGAGCAGCUGGAGGAUGUGCUGCAGAGGAAAGCCGGGCAGCUGGAGCAGGAGCUGGAGGCCAGAGUGGGUCAGCUGGGCAGAGAGAUGGAGCAGCUGGAGAAGGAGCUGAAGAGCAUCAGUAGUGAGAGCAGCAGCAGCAGCAGCAGCAGCAGCAGCAGCAAGACACAGGGAGGCCCGACUCACAUCCUGCUGCAGGAGGGCUCACUGAUGGGAGCACCAGUGUUGUCUGCCUCCACCAGUCCUGCUGCCCCUCUGGUUGCUGCGGAUGAAUCCACCUCCGACUCUCCUCCAGUUCCAGCAGGAAGCACAGAAGCCGUUCCCGGCUCCACAGCUGUGUCCGAGACUGCCCCUAAACCUGCAGUAGCCCCGAUGGUGUUUGUUGGCAGAGUCAGCUCUGCUCCCACGGUGCUGCUGGUGGGUGCCAGCCAAGUUGUUUCUCAGCCCCCGGCAACGGCUGGAUCUGAGACGACGGGAACAACGCAGCUCAUCCUCAAACCGGCAGCCUCGCCGGGGUCUACGCCUCAAGACGUCCCCAGUCCAGACUCCAGCAUCGUCAGUGGUAUCGACUCAACACAGGAAAAGAAAUCUGCAGAAGAGGCACCUUCAGGGAGAACGAGGAGGACCAGGAGAGCAACCUCUAAAAGUGAAGAAGUUUCCACUGACAACAGCGCUGAGGAGAAAAAAAUCCAGUCAGUUGGAGUGCCGGGAAAAAGGUUUAAAAACAAAGAGUCGCGGACAGUGAAGCGGUUCUCCUGUGAGCACUGUGCCGUCAGUUUUCAUUGGAAAGGCGAACUGAAGAAACACAUGAAGGUCCACAAGAAGCCUUUUCCUUGUGAGCAGUGUGGCAGAAGUUUCCUCGAAAAGAAGUCUCUGGAAAAUCACCUUUUGCGUCACGAGGCGAGUAAAGCCCCGUUGCCCUUCCCCUGUCAUCAGUGUAAGAAAUCGUUCAGAAAAGAGCAGUCGCUUCAGAACCACCUGAAGCGCCACGAGCGGUCGAAACCGCCAAAGCCGUUCACCUGCGAUCAGUGUGGGAAAACGUUCCGGAUUAAACCAUCCCUGGAAAACCACCUGUUGCGCCACGAGAAGAGGAAACAAAUGCUCAAGUGUCAGCUUUGUGACAAGACCUUCAAGUCGUCGGUUCACCUGAAAUGUCACAUGGCCGUGCACUCCGAGGAGAGACCGUUCAGCUGUGCAACAUGUGGGAAGGAGUUCAAGAGUAAAGACACCCUUCGCUUCCACCAGAUGGUGCACACGAACGCCAAAAAAUACAAGUGCACAAUGUGCGAGGAGACUUUCAAAUAUGCGCACUCCCUGACUGUGCAUAAGAGGAAGCACACGGGCGUCACUCCGUUCAAGUGCACCGUGUGCAACCGGUCGUACAGGACCGGCACCGCUCUGAAAAGACACAGCAUAGUCCACACCGGGGAGAAACCGUUCACCUGUCACAUAUGUGGAGCGAGGUUCAGCCUCAAUAACAACCUCAAGAGGCACCUUCGCAUUCACACAGGAGAGAAACCGUUCACCUGCCAGGAGUGUGGAAAGAGCUUCUCGGACAACACCAAGCUGAAGUCCCACAUGCUCAUCCACGGGGCCAGAAAACCGUUUAUGUGUGAUCUCUGCGGGAAGACCUUCCUCUUCAACUGCAGGCUGCUGAUCCAUCAGAGGUACGUGCACGCCGACAGGAACGAGGAAUCCGACGGCACACAGAGAUUUCUCCAGACGAGAGGGCGAAACAAGUCCUCGGUUAAACCGUUCAGCUGCAAAAUAUGUCUGAGAGGUUUCAGCGCCGCGUCUUCUCUCAAAAUUCACGAAAAGGGCCACAGUGAGCAGAAGGAGUUCAACUGCAGCAUAUGUGGGAAGUCUUUCCAUAACAAAUACUCUUUCAGCUAUCACCAGAGGAGCCACUCGGGGGAGAAGCCGUUUGUUUGCGAUGUGUGCGGGAAGAGAUUUUUCAACGCCGGUAGUCUGAAGGCGCACGAGCGGAUUCACACCGGUGAGAAACCGUACAAGUGCGACCAGUGCGGAAAGGCCUUCAGGACAGACGGAAACUUCUACAGACACGUGCGCAUCCACACGGGGGAGAAGCCGUUUGAAUGUAUGUACUGUGAGAGGAAGUUCCACCAGUCGAAUCAGCUCAAGUCCCACAUGCAGGUCCACACCGGGCAGAAGCUCUACACGUGCCAGCAGUGCAGCCGGGGCUUCUCUGACUCCAGGCAGCUCAAGAAGCACAGCUGUGACGGCUCAUAGGUGACGUGGCGUCCACCAGAACGCUCAGCUGGUUAAUCGAAUGAAGUCAUAAAUGGGACAGCAGCAUUAAGGGAUAGAAAAUGACUUGUGUGUGACUCAGUGCCUUUGUGCUGAAAAUAUUGAGAGCUGGUAAAGUUCCAGUUUUGAAAACUUAUGGUCAGUUGUUGCAAUCAUUAAGUAAAAAAUACAAAACAUU